AUGUCUGCUCUCCAGCUAACCUUCGGGCUCCUGGCCCUGUUCUUGCUCUCCUCCGGCGCCAGAGCCGAGGAGGUGAAGGAAUCCGUUGCCGAACUCCUCGGCAAGGCAAACAGAAACGUGGUGCGUGAGGCGGACGAGCCCUACGUCGUCGACGACAUCGCCUACACCUCGCCCGCGGAGAGAAACGCGGACCCCUGCACCUCCCGCGGCUGCAAGUGGCCGAAGUCUUCCGACGGCUACGUCUACGUGCCCUACGCCAUCGCCAACCACUACACCAGCCGCGAGCUGUCCGUCAUCGAGCGCGCCCUUCAGUCUUUCGCCAGCUCCACCUGCAUCCGUUUCGUUCCCCGGACCAACCAGAGGGACUACGUGUACAUCCAGUCCCUUAACGGCUGCUACUCUUACGUGGGCCGCAUCGGAAACGGCCAGCCCCUGUCUCUGAGCCGCCAGGGCUGCAUCUACCACGGCACGGCCCAGCACGAGCUCCUCCACGCCCUGGGGUUCAACCACGAGCAGACGCGCAGCGACCGCGACAGCUACGUCCGCAUCCACCUGGAGAACGUCGAGUCUGGCAUGGAGCACAACUUCGACAAGAUCGCCACGCUGAACCAGAACACGGCCUACGACUACGGUUCCGUCAUGCAUUACCACCGUUACGCCUUCUCCAAGAACGGCCUGGCCACCAUCGUGCCCAUCCCCAACGCCAACGUGGAAAUCGGCGGCGCCACCGAAAUGAGCUACAACGACAUCCUCCGCGUGAACAGGCUGUACGCCUGCUGAGGCUCGUCCUCCUGCACACUGCAGUAAACGGUUCCCACCGCUGUACGCUUCUCAACUGCUUAAACCCAGCCGGCAGAACAACCAGCCGAAGACCGAGAACUCUCCACGCAACAGACUAC